CCCACACCCACACACACACACACACACACACACACACACACAGCUGUUUUAACUUGUCUUUUUAUGGCGUUUCUGCGCUCCAGCUGCAGAUCCGGAACCAGUCAGCAGCUGUCCGACACUCACGUCUCCGCAACACUUCGGUGGCUUUAAUUAGUUAAUUAGCACGUGACUUUAAUCCGGGCUCAUUAAUUACCCGGGCAGCCAGCUCGCGUGCCGCCGCUCAGCUGGAGGACCGGCCCGGUGCGCCGCCGUUACUCCCGGAGAUUUACAGCCGCGAUCGAGCCCUGACACGGGGCCGUUAAUCAUCAGCGCCCCGCUGCUCCCGGUGCUGCGGUGCUAACCGGAGGGUGAGUGUGUGUGUGAGUGUGUGUGAGUCAGCACCUCACACACACACAGUAAACACAUCAAGACCCGGGAUAGCCCCCAGAGUCGCGUUCGGCCCCAGGACCCGCUCCGCCCCCUUCCCGUUCAGCUCCGCCCGCCUGGACGCUCAGCUGUAGAAACCCGACUGGCUCAUCCAGACCGGACAGACCCCGAGCAGACCUUCCCGACCUGCUGUCCAUGGCGUCCUUCAUCUCCACCCUCCUCUUCCUCUUCAUUGUGGUUGUCGGGAAUACACCAACUGUCAGUCAAUCCAGUGACCCGUCAGAGCCCAUGUGUUAUGACUGGGGGGAGUCCAGCGACGGGGCGGUCUCAGUCCUGGAGGGGGAGGCCGGUUGGCUCUCCUGUCCUCUCUUUUCUCAUCCCUCCGUCUACAACUACACCUCCACCCAGAGCACCGGACACAACCUCUUCUGGUAUCGCCUCCCUGAAGGUCACGACCUGGAACAGCCAAUCACGUACAGCUCGCGGCUCAGUAAAGACAGGGAGAGACUGUGGCUGCAGCCGGCCGCCGCGGCCGACACCGGACUGUACAUCUGCAUGCUGCGUAACAAGUCGUCCUGCAGUAAGAUCGCCAUGCGCCUGAAGGUGUUGCGGCCCGACGAGGUGGUCCGUAGUUCCGAUUGCGAGCCUCCGGUUGCCGUGGCAACAAGUCAGGUGGUUAUCCCUGUGCAGGAGGGGAAGAUGCUGGACUGUCCAGACCUGCAGGACGCCGCCAAGAUGGCCGACGGCAAGCUAACCGUCACCUGGUACCAUCUGUGUGCGGAGUAUCCGUUCUGGAACAGCGACCGGCAGCAGAAAGGAGUCAGUCUGCAGUUUCACGUCAUGUUGGAUCCAUAUAAGGGCUUAUAUUUCUGCAUAGUCCACUACCAGAGGAAAGGCAAAACACUCAACUUCACCAGGAGCAUCAACGUCACCGCCGUCUAUCCGUCUUCUUUGCCCAAAGUCCCCAGCAUCCUCCACCCGGCUAAAGACCAGGUCUUCACUGUCAAACAGGACUCGGAGGUGCGUCUGGUGUGCAAAGGCCUGUUCCCCUACCUGGACUCCUGGUGGGACAUCUGGUGGACGGUUGAUGGGAAGACGCUGGACAAACUUGCCGACCAUCAUCGAUUCUCCAAAACCAACAGACGGUUGAACGUGGACUACGGAGACCGGACGGAGGAGAGCGUGCUGGUGAUCCAGGACUUCCAGUCUACAGACCUGAACAGAGAGUAUAACUGCUCCGUGAAGAACGAGCGAGGCUUCGAGACCCGCAGAGCUCAGCUGGAGGAGGAGGUGUCGUUGCCGUCGGUGGAGCUGGGUUGUGGUCUCGGUGUGACUCUGGUCCUCAUGCUGCUUCUCUUCGUGGUUUAUCACGUCUUCUGGUUGGAGCUGCUGCUGCUCUAUCGCUCCUGGUUCGGCACCGAUGAGCGACACACAGAUGAUAAGGAGUAUGAUGUGUACAUCUCAUACGCGAGGAACAGCGAGGAGGAGCAGUUUGUUCUGUCGACGCUGCGCAGAGUUCUGGAGAACGAGCUCGGAUACUCAGUGUGUAUCUUUGACAGGGACAGUCUGCCGGGAGGAACCAUCACUGAUGAGACUCUGAGUUUCGUGGCUCGUAGCCGGCGCCUCCUGGUGGUCGUUAGCCCGGGCUACGCCUCUCAGGGCUCCCAGGCCCUGCUGGAGCUGAAGGCCGGUAUCGACGGCAUGGCACUGGGCGGGCACCUGCGGGUGAUCCUGGUUCAGUAUAAGCCGGUCCAGAGGCAGGGCUGGGUCAGGGAGCUGAGGAGAGCCCGGGUGGCCCUUUCGCUGGUCCGAUGGCAGGGGGACAAGUCCAGGGAGCUGACGUCCCGCUUCUGGAAGAGGCUGAGGGUGGAGUUACCUGUGAGAAGGAUUAGCUGCAGGGAGGAGGAGGAGAGCAACCUAUCAGAGACCAUCCUGCGCUCGAUGCAGCGGAGCCGCCGCCUCCUCUUCGUCCUCAGCCCCGACUUCCUGGCAGAAAAGAGCUUCAGCCUCCUGGAGUGUCGUCUGGGUCUGUACCUCCAACAUGGCCACCAGGCCUCCGUCGUCGCUGUUGUUUACCGCUCAGUCAGUAAACUGCCCUGCGUGGAGGUGGCUCAGCUCCGGCAGGCCGCCGCCACCACAGUGACGUGGCGAGGGGGUCGAUCUGAACCGCGUCGGUCACGCUUCUGGCUGAGGCUGAGGCUGGCGCUGCCGGUCCGGCCGCUCGCUAUGGGCAGGAGGUUGAUUGACAGCACGUCAUCUCACUCAGACCUGGCUGCCCUGGCGCUGCAGAGAGCGCAACGGAUCCAGAAGCAGAACCAGAGAGAUGGAGCCAAUCAGAGCCGCAGAAGCAGGCGGGCCUCAGCCAAUCAGAGCCGCGGAGACAGACAGGCUCCGCCCACGGGGAGGGGCAGGGUGAAGAGGGGGGAGGGGUCACAGCACAGCAGGAGCUGCUCAGGGUGCGCUGGCCUUAUUGGUCAAGUGGAGGACAAGGGGGCGGAGCUAACAGUAGAAACAGAGAUGCAGCAGGUGUCACAUGACAGGACUGAGAUUCAGCCAGACCCUGUCCCAGAAACAGAGCCCACCCUAAUUCCAGACUCCGUCCACGACACGCACUCAACUCCUAACCCUGCCCCUGUACCUGACCCGGCCUCUGACCCAGACUCUGGCUCCGCCCUCCCCACCUGCGAGCAGGACGACGAUGGAGCGAAACGCAAACAACAGCAGCAGCAGCAGAUGAUUGGUUCAAAGUUAUGUCAGCAGUAAAAGGGGAGGGGCUUGUGGUGCAAACGGCACCAGCCAGAAUGUAGCAGACGUUCAAUAACCCCGCCCCUGACACUAACUCCGCCCCGGCCCAAAACCCAGCUGAGGCUUCAUACAGACUUUUUAUACAGACUUUGAAUGAUGCUGCAUUCAAGUUACAUUGGAAAGAUGGUAAAACAUGAAUCUUAAAAUGAUCAUAUUUAAGAUUUUCAUUAAAUUCAACCCUUUUUUUGAUGCUA